GCAAAAUCUCAUUCCACUUGAUGCUGAUACUUUGCUGAACAUUGAAGUCGUGCCUGAAACUUUCGCUUUUAACCGUGUUCACUCAGUUCCUACAGCAAAUCUGAUACCCCCAUUUAAACCUAUGCUAAAGGAAGAGAUGGCCAGAAGCGAAGACAGAGAAAAGAUAGUCAUUAAUGUUGGCGGUACACGGCACGAAACAUUCAGGAGCACACUUCAGACUCUCCCAGGUACCCGCCUGGCCAAUUUAUGCACUUCUAGCUCUAACAACAAGGAACUGGAAAACGAGAUGUUCUUCGACCGCCACCCAGGUAUAUUCGUCCACAUACUGAACUAUUACAGGACCGGGAAGCUCCACCGCCCGGCCGAUGUUUGCGGGGGCCAGUUUGAGGAGGAGCUGGCUUUCUGGGGGAUUGAUGAGGUAGACAUGGAGGCCUGCUGUUGGGUAAAAUACUGCCAGCACAGGGACACAAAGGCUGCUCUUCACCAACUAGGGCCCCCCCAUCUGGAGGACGUGCGACGGGACAGAGGGGGUCCGGCGACUUUCGGCAUUGAGGAUGGCCAGAACAGAUCGCAGAACUUCGGAAUGUGGCAACAGAAGAUAUGGGCUCUUCUCGAUGAUCCACAGUCCUCCGGAGUUGCAAUGGCAGUUGGGGUCUUGUCCCUCAUAAUCAUCGUAGUCUCCAUCAUCAACAUGUGCCUGGAGACAUAUCAGCACUUCCAUGGUUUGGAGCACCGCUAUCACCUGUGGAAUGAGACCGAGCUCUGGGAGACCAUGUCGUUCAAGAGCACACCGGCGUUCACCAUAGUGGAGGCCGUCUGCACGGCGCUGUUCACCCUUGAAUUCCUAGGGCGCUUCAUCUGCUGCCCGAACAAGCUCCUCUUCAUCCGGGACCCGCUCAACAUCGUCGACUUUGUGGCCCUCUUGCCUCUCUACCUGGAAGCGGGUCUCGGCGGCCUCUCGGGAAGGAGUGCGCUGGACUUGCUUCGGGUGGUGCGCUUUGUGCGCCUCCUGCGGAUCUUCAAGGUGACGCAGCACGUCGCUCCUCUGCAGAUCCUCCACCACACCCUACGGUCCAGCCUCCCCGACAUCUGCUUCCUCUUCUCUUUGCUGGCGCUGGCCUCGUUCAUGUUCGGCAGCUUGACCCUAUAUGCCGAGGGCCUUACCACUGAUUUUGAUGACACCCAAUUCCGUACCAUUUCCGAUGGCGCUUGGUUUGCAGUGAUAUCCCUGACCACCAUUGGAUACGGGGACGUGUACCCCGUAUCCAGGCAGGGUAAGAUAGCAGCAGCUGUAUGUGCUAUGUUUGGUGUGUUGGCGUUUGCCUUACCAGUGCCUGCCAUGGUAAACAACUAUAAGAAAUACCACACUUUGGUUGUGGCCAAGUUACACAUGAGAAAACGACAGCAAAAUCCCAACCUGAGAGCCCCAGUCGAGUUGUCCCCUGGGGAUCUGGACAGACCAGAGCCGUACGCAGCCUCUUUCGGGCCAUAUUGAACCUGCCACAGGCAAAGCAUCAGCCUUCCAUGUAAAAUGUGUCCUAAAAUCAGGAAGCCACCAAAACGUCAUCAGGUGGGGGUUCCUGAUUAUUAAUUGGGUGUCCAUAGUAGUGAAAGAUAAAUGGCAUUGUUCCUCCAGUGUAGGCUGGGUUCUGUCGGCCACGAUUCUGGCAACAUGUAUAACACCUAUGGCUUGCUUAGAUGAUAUUGGGCAGAUAAUCUUAUGUCUCUCCCAUAUGGUCUAGCGGUUAGGAUUUCUGGUUUUCGCCCGGGUUCAACUCCCGGUAUGGGAAGGAAUUUUUGGGCAGCAAUGUAGCAU